GGACCCCGCGCUUCCCCCCGACGCCGCCGCCCGGGCCGCGGCUCCGAGGCCCGGAGCUGAAGUCGGCAUGAACGCACACCUGCCCGGCGGCUUUGGCCUGUACUCUUCCCAGCCCAAUGGCUACGCCCCGCCCCCCGGCUUGUCUCCCGUGGACAGAGAUCCCAGCUCCAAGUCCAGCGCAAAGACCCUGUACGAACAAAGGAAGAAUUACGCGCGGGACAGCGUGAGCAGCGUGCCCGACAUCUCUCAGUACCGAGUGGAGCACCUGACCACCUUCAUCCUGGACCGGAAGGAUGCCAUGCUCAACGUGGAGGACGGGAUCCGGAAGCUGAAGCUGCUGGAUGCCAAGGGCAAAGUGUGGACGCAGGACAUGAUUCUGCAGGUGGAUGACCGAGCCGUGAGCCUCAUCGACCUGGAGUCCCAGAAUGAACUGGAGAAUUUCCCUCUCAGCACCAUCCAGCACUGCCAGGCCGUGCAGAAGGCCUGCAGCUACGACUCCAUCCUGGCCCUGGUGUGCAAAGAAUCCACGCAGAACAAGCCCGACCUCCACCUCUUCCAGUGCGACGAGGUGAAGGCCAACCUGAUCAGCGAGGAUAUCGAGAGUGCCGUGAGCGACAGCCGAGGCGGGAAGCAGAAACGGAGGCCGGAGGCUCUGAGGAUGAUCGCCAAGGCGGAGCCCGGCAUCCCCCCGCCUCCCCGGGCACCGGCCCCUGCGCCCCCGGGCACCGUCACCCAGGUGGACGUGAGGAGCCGGGUGGCGGCGUGGUCGGUGUGGGCCGCGGACCAGGGCGACGCCGAGCGGAGGCCGCAGCCGCUGCCGCCCGAGCCGCCGGAGCCGCCGGAGACAACGGCCGCGCGCAUCGACCGGGACGUGCAAAUCCUAAACCAUAUCUUGGAUGACAUCGAGUUUUUUAUCACCAAACUCCAAAAAGCAGCUGAGGCGUUCUCCGAGCUCGCCAAGAGGAAGAAGAGCAAGAAGAGCAAGAGGAAAGGCCCGGGAGAGGGAGUUUUAACCCUUCGGGCAAAGCCUCCACCCCCGGAUGAGUUCGUGGACUGUUUCCAGAAGUUUAAGCACGGCUUUAAUCUUCUGGCCAAGCUGAAAUUGCACAUCCAGAACCCGAGCGCUGCGGACCUGGUCCAUUUCCUGUUCACGCCCUUAAACAUGGUCGUCCAGGCCACCGGAGGCCCCAAGCUGGCCAGCUCCGUGCUCAGCCCCCUGCUGACCAAGGACACCGUGGACUUCCUCAGCCGCACCGUGACCCCCGAGGAGCGGGACCUGUGGCUGUCGCUGGGGGAGACGUGGCUCAAAGCCAGGGCGGAGUGGCCUCGGGAGCAGUUCAUCCCACCCUACGUGCCCCGCUUCCGGCUGGGCUGGGAGCCGCCGGCACUGGACAGCCUGGGGCCCCCCCAGGGGUCCCCGCCGCCCGCCGAGCCCCGUGGCCAGCUCGACCCCCGGAGACCGCCGGCCACAGAGCAUCCCGGCCUCCUCGAGUACCCCCCGCCCGACGCCUACGCCUUCUGCAGCAGCGUGUACCCCAGGGGACCGCAGCCGGACCAAGGGGAGGCCGCUGGGCCCUUCAAGCCCACCCCGAACCGCCACGCAGACAGCCACAGAAGCUACGACCCGCACCCGCCCCAGCCCAAGAAGUACGCCCGCUCCAAGUUCGACUUCACGGCCAGGAACAGCAGCGAGCUGUCGGUGCUGAGGGAUGAGGUCCUGGAGGUGCUGGAUGACCGCAGGCAGUGGUGGAGGGUGCGGGGCGCGCGCGGGGAUGCGGGCUUCGUGCCCAACAACAUCCUGGACCUGCUGCCGCCCGCCGGCCCCGCCGCCCCGCACACGCACACCAUCCAGAAGCAGAGGCUGGACUGCGACGGCCCGCGCGCCCCGUCGCCCCCGCCGGCCCCGCCCGCCGCCCCGCACAGCGGCGACGCCCCCGACGGCAGCGCAGCGCGGGAGCAGAGACCCGGCCACGGCCAGAUGCCGGCCGACCGCCGGAAGUCGCAGAUGGAGGAGGUGCAGGACGAGCUGCUGCAGCGGCUGACCAUCGGCCGCAGCGCCGCGCAGAAGAAGUUCCACGUCCCGCGGCAGAGCGCGCCCGCCGUGCACAUCACCCCCGAGUCCGCGCCCGGCCUCGUCCGCGCCUGGCUGCAGUCCAAGGGCUUCGCCCCCGCGACGGUGAGCAGCCUCGGGGUGCUGAACGGGGCGCAGCUCUUCUCCCUCAACAAAGAGGAGCUGAGGGCCGUGUGCCCCGAGGGCGCGCGCGUCUUCAACCAGGUCACCGUCCAGAAGGCCGCCCUGGAGGACCACGACGGGAGCUCGGAGCUGCAGGAGAUCAUGAGGCGGCGGCAGGAGAAGAUCAGCGCGGCCGCCAGCGACUCGGGCGUGGAGUCCUUCGACGAGGGCGGCGGCCACUGACGCCGCGCGGGCACGCGCACGCCGGCACGGGAACGCGCACGCGGCCAUGGGCACGCGCACGCCGGCACGGGAAC